AUGGGUAGGAAAAAUGGAAACGGACACGUAGGAUUGGGGGUGAAAUGCAGCAAAGAAGUAGCGACGGCUAUAAGAGGCGCCAUAAUAUUAGCCAAGCUAUCGGUGCUACCUGUGAGAAGAGGCUGCUGGGGGAAUAAGAUCGGAAAACAUCAUACGGUGCCGUGUAAGGUCACCGGAAUAUGUGGGUCGGUCUCUGUUAGGAUGUUUCCGGCUCCUAGAGGUGCAUGGAUUGUGGCUGCUAUGGUGCCCAAGAAGGUGCUUCAGUUUGCUGGGAUUGAAGAUGUUUUCACUUCUUCAAGGGGCUCCACCAAGACUGUUGGUAGCUUUGUCAAGACAAUCUUUGAGUGUCUUUUGAAAACUUAUGGUUUCUUGACUCCUGAUUUUUGGAAAGAGACUCGAUUCACGAGGUCUCCUUUCCAAGAGGAUACUGAUCUGUUGGGGAAGCCAUCGAAGACCCUUGCACUCGAAGACGUCGAGAGGGUGGAUGUAUGAUGUUUCUAGUCAUUAGUAUGUUAUGCCU